UCCGCAGUACAUGUUGCCCCUUUGGACCAACUACCUACACACACGUACAUCAGCGACUCAUCCAAACCUCCCGUCCCAACUGAAUUGAUAUCAACUGCAAGUGACACACAUGACAACUCCAUGCAUCAACUUCGCCACAAACAUACGUCCUGCUCGGUACUGUACUGUAGAUCUCCCACUCCCAACCUACGCCACCCCCUUCCCCCACUGACGAGAUUCCUUAUCGCUAAACCUCUGAACAGUCCUAAGCCAAGAAGACCACGCAUGCACGCAGAAGAAGAAAGAUGCAGAGUUCGCCCCCCAAACCCUACACUAUCUCCUCCAACCCUGUACUCCGUACAGUAGUGCUGUACAUGCAUCCUCUCCAUGCCUUUCUUAUUCUAGAACACAUCCAUCCAUCCUCCUCGUUCCUCCACCCCGCCAAUAAGAUAGAAUAUCCUAGU